UUUCGUUUCGAUCCAAACAGGGAACAGAAAGCUCUCUCUCUCUCUCUCAGUUCAGGAACCGUUUCUUUUUCUCUCUCUCUCUACACUGACUCACUCUCCCUUUGGUGUCCUUGCACCUUGUGUGUGCCACGGAUGACUAUGAGCCUCUGAUGAAAUCACAGACAGCACAAACUAAGUCCAAACAAACAUUAACAUCACAAAACCAAACUGUAUCCACAAAAUGUCAAAAAUUCUUUACAAAAACAAUACAAAUAUUUGAUUAGAUCCUUUUCUUUUUCUUUUAUUUAUUUAUUUUUCACUACUUUCAGUGCCGAUUUCCCCUUUGUUUUUUUUGUUCUUCUUCAGCCAUUCGUAUCAUAGAUCUUCUUCUUCUUCAUCAAAACCCUUCUCAACCCCUUCUCUCACAUUCCACAGAGCUCUAUCAAGGCUUGAAGGGGUUGAGCUAUUUUGCGCAAAAGUUAAACCUUUUUAUCAGUUUUGAACUUGGGUAGUUCUCUGCAAUGGUGGGUUCGGAUUGAUUUUUUCUGGGAUUACUAGGUUUUUUUUUUUUUUGGUCCACCCGCUGCGAAAUGGGUAGUUCGGGAGAGUCGAACAUCAACGGAAUCGAUGGGUCAGUGGGUGGCUUGGUUUGGGUCCGAAGGCGAAACGGGUCAUGGUGGCCGGGUCGGAUAAUGGGUCUGGAUGAAUUGUCUGAGAGUUGCUUGGUUUCUCCGAGAUCUGGUACUCCGGUCAAGCUUUUGGGUCGCGAGGAUGCUAGCGUGGAUUGGUAUAAUCUUGAAAAAUCAAAGCGGGUAAAAGCUUUUCGAUGUGGAGAGUAUGAUGAAUGCAUUGAGAAGGCAAAGGCAUCUGCUGCCAAUUCAAACAAGAAGGCUGUGAAGUAUGCUCGCAGGGAAGAUGCUAUUCUUCAUGCUCUUGAACUAGAGAGUGCUCACCUGGACAAGGAACCAUUAGACUUGUGCUCCCAAUUAGAUAAAUCUGGUAGUGAACAUGGCGGAUCAGCUGGAGAAUUACCAGUCAUGUCUAAUUCUGUUGGUGACAAUGAGGAUCCGACGAAUGAUGUGAGUGACUCUGAAGACAAUUCUAAUUCAGCUCCAGAAUUGUCACAAUCUGGUAUAUCUUUUGAAGAGCCUAAUCAUAAUGGUUCUUUAAAGAUGCAAUCUGUGCAGGGAAGGAGGAGAAGAACACCUAAUGAUUCAGAAGAUGAUGGAACUGAAGGAGUCAAGCGAAUGAGAGGACUUGAGGACUUGGGUAUUGGUGUAGUGUCAAAGAGAAAGGUUCAGGGUACAGGUACAACUGAGAUAGUUCAGCAUGUUAGUGCUUCAGUCAACAAUUCAACCAUGGGGAACUGCCUGGCAAAUGGAACUUCUGUAAAUGGUGGUAAGUGUUAUUCUUCAACACUGAAAAGGAAGAGAUCACAAGUAGCAAAUUUUCACGAGUCAUUGAAAAGGAAAAAUCGACGCCGACCUUUGACAAAGGUUUUGGAGAGUACAGCCAUGGUAUCCGUUCCCGUCAUUUGUGAUCAGUUUCCCAGUUCUAGCAGUUCUCCACUAUGUGGGAUAACUGAUGGAAGGAUUUCUGGAUUAGAUUCUAAUGAUUCAAAGAAAAGUUUUCCAAUGGAAAUUCAGAAUUCAGAUAGUACUGGGACUGCUUGUGGGAAUGGGACUUCAUUAAUUGUUCAUGACCUUGGUAGUGAUGCUCCCCAAAUCAAUCACAGGAUCAAGGACAAUGAGACUUCCGGCAUACCAGGGCUAGUUGGCAAUGAUUCUUCUGAUAAAUUAUUUGAUGUGCCAUUUGUUGGAGUUCUAGGGGAGGAGAAACACAGUCCUGGUUUCUCACCCAUACUUGUUUCUUGUUCAUCUGACAAGCCUCAAGUUAGUGCAUUGGGACAUCAAUCUUGUCAUGCUAGUCAAUCUGAAGUUCCGUCAUUGAGAAAUGAGGGCAAGAAUGAAUCUGGUUGUUCCAGUUCAGCUGCUGGUUAUAAUAGUGUUGGCUGCAGAGCAGACAAAGGUAGUUCAAAGUGGCAGUCAAAAGGGAAGAGGAAUUUAAGACAUACAAGUAAAAAUAGAAAACAAAUUUCAAGAAAAUAUAUGGGCAUGGAUCAUGAAUCCAAUGCUUAUUUGCCAGGAAUGGGGAACUUGGAUGGAUUUUGUCAGGGCGCAGGUCAGAAAGUUGAUUGGAAUGGAAUGGGUGCACCCCAUGCUUCAUACAAUUGUACUUCUCAAGUCAAGUGCAAACCUAUUGCUGAAGGUCAACUAGAUGGACUUCCGGACUUGAGCAAACAUAUUUGGGGGACAACAGCAGAUGAAUCUCUCCUCACACCUCAGAGAUUGCUACCUUAUCGCCUUUCGCGCUUUACAGUUAACUCCAGAUAUCCAAUGGCAGAUUUUCCUGGAAGAAAUUAUUGUUCUGAUGCUUCAUUAUAUGAUGUUAAGCUAGAAGUUAAAUCCAGUUACCGGCCACAACAUGUCCCUUUGGUUUCUCUUGUGAGCAAACUGAAUGGCAAAGCCUUUAUUGGACACCCUUUGACAGUUGAGGUUUUGGAUCAAGGUCAUUGUGAUAAAAUAUUGAGUGGCAUUGAAUGUGACUUGGAAGUUGGUGACAUCUAUUGUGUAGCCAAACCAAACUCGGUAACUAGAAGAAUUCCUUCCAAGAAUUUGUCGCGUUUUUCGCGUAGGAAAUCUUACAAGGCAAAAAAAUCUGGGCUGUUAAAUAAAAAGAUUCGGAAGUUGUCAUCAUUAACUGGUCACAAACACUCAGAAGAGGAAAGAAAACCAGUGGUAGAUAAGCUCAAGGGUCCUGUUAUAGCUUGUAUUCCCCUUAAAGUAGUAUUCAGUAGGAUAAACGAAGCAGUGAGUGGUCAGGCACGGUCCACACACCGUGCAUUACCAGCAUCCAACCCAUGACUUCAGUUAUUCGGUAGGAGUUCCAUUGAAUGGAUGUUGCGGAUAAUUAUUUCUUUGGAAAUUUGAGAGGUUUUGGCUUAGUUAUGCAGACAAUAAUAUCUACUUAUUUUUAACUAUAUGCACAGUUUGCAGCCCCACAUAUUCUGCCAUGAAGGUUAAUCUUCUGUACAAUUUUAAGACAUUUUCAUGUAUAAUUUGUAGGAGUUAAAUCAUCUGAGGCUUCUCUUGGCUUUGUAAAUAAUGUAAACAUUGGAUGAGGUAUAAAGAUGAUAUAGUAUUAGGUGUUUGACCUGAUAUUAGGUUCUUAAAAUGUUAUGAAUUAGGUUUUUUGAAUGUUCAAUAACU